GACUCUCUCCCGGCAGCCGGAAGUUUAGUGUGCACUCGUUUAUUCCAUUCGGUUGGCCGCUUUAUUUGGUUCCACAUGGUGUGUCGGGCUCUGUUAUCCGGCCAACUCCUUCUAUCUUCCUGUUCCCGCCAUCUGCGUGUCAGUCGUCACAUUUUCCCCCUCUUCAUGCCUGAAGACCCGAAGAGGCCCCGGCGGGAGGAGAGACACAUGGCGCCCAAAAUCGGCACCCACAACGGGACCUUCCACUGUGACGAGGCACUGGCGUGUUACCUGCUGCGGACACUGGAGCCUUAUAGGGAUUCAGAGAUUGUAAGAACAAGGGACCCCCUGCUACUGGCACACUGUGAUGUUGUGGUUGACGUAGGUGGAGAGUAUGAUCCAUCUAGAAAUCGUUAUGACCAUCAUCAGAGAUCUUUCUGUGAGACGAUGAACAGCUUGUAUCCUGACAAGCCAUGGGUCACCAAACUCAGCAGUGCCGGCCUAGUGUAUGCUCACUUUGGGACUCAGAUCUUAGCUACACUUCUGGAUACAGAAGAGGAUGACCCCAUUAUACCUGUGUUGUAUGACAAGAUGUAUGAAAACUUUGUUGAAGAAAUUGAUGCUGUUGACAAUGGCAUAUCACAGUUUGAUGGGGAGCAGCGCUACAACAUAUCCACUACUCUAAGUUCCAGAGUGGCACAUCUCAACCCACGCUGGAAUGAACUAGAACAGGACACAGAGAUGGGCUUUAAAAAGGCUAUGGAAUUGGCUGGAACAGAGUUUGUGUCUCGUCUGGACUUUUAUCAUCGUUCCUGGCUACCAGCUCGCGCUCUGGUUGAGCAAGCCAUCGGAGAGAGACUACAGGUAGAUAACAGUGGGGAAGUGGUCAUGUUGGCGCAAGGUGGGUGUCCUUGGAAGGAGCACCUUUUCCAGGUGGAAAAAGAACUAAGUCUAGAGAAACAAAUAAAAUAUGUAAUUUAUCCAGAUCAGAGCGGAAAGUGGAGGGUGCAGUGUGUCCCCACAGGUCCCAAUACUUUUCAAAAUCGACUUUCUCUCCCAGAAGACUGGCGUGGACUGCGGGCAGAUGACCUCUCCUCCAUCAGUGGUAUUCCAGGUUGUAUCUUUGUUCACACCUCUGGCUUCAUUGGUGGGAAUGAGACACAAGGAGGAGCGCUGGAAAUGGCACGGAAAGCCUUGACUUCCUAGACUGGAGCCCCUGUAUUUAUUCAGCCACAUAAAGUACCAUGCAGAAGCGAAAUCAUUGUAUUUAUAUCAUGUGACAUCAGUAAAUAUUUUUGUAAUCAACUUGGUCAAAUGUUGGCUGUUCUGAUUACCGUG